AUGAGGCUCAGAAUCGCGUGUCUUCAGUUGAACCCACUUUUGGGUAAGGUGGAAGCCAAUGUGGCGAAAAUCAACCGCAUGAUGGCGGAUUGUCAGAAGGAAAUCGAUCUUUUGGUACUUCCGGAACUCGCAGUGACCGGCUACAACUUCAAGCUGGCUAAAGAAAUCGAGCCUUAUCUCGAAAAAUCCGGCGAGGGGGCUUCUUUCAAAAUUGCCAGGUUGCUCUCCCAGAAGUUUAAAUGCACUACAGUGAUAGGGUACCCUGAGAAAUUUGGGUCCUUCACGUAUAACUCUGCAUUGGUGGUGGAUGAAAAAGGAUAUGUAGUUUCAAACUACCGCAAGUCACAUCUCUAUGAAACAGACGAAGCCUGGGGCUGUUCAGAAAAUCCUGUGCGUGGGUUUCCUCCGUUCACGCUUCUGUUGCCUGACAAAACUGGGGCGAAAGGUGAGAAAGUGGGCCUGGUGACAGCAAAUAUUGGCAUCUGCAUGGACAUGAAUCCGUACCAGUUCAAAGCGGAUUUCAAUGAGUUCGAGUUUUCAAUGAACUGCUGGAAAAAUGACGCGUCUUUAAUCAUCGUUCCCACCGCGUGGCUUUCCUCGGAUUCUCCGUCCAUCCAGGAAGGUUUAUCGGAGAUAGAAAAGGCAAAUAAGGCAGCGCUUUACCAAGACCAGAUCGCUGCCAACUCCUUGGGAAACGCGGGAGUACCCACGCAGUCGCUAGUGGAUUACUGGAUUGUGCGGCUCUUUCCUUUUUUGGCCCACCCAUAUAACGGGCUUCCGAGGAAAACAAAGCGCACCACAGUUGUCAUUUGCAACCGUGUCGGUAUAGAGGAUCAGGUCUUGUAUGGUGGCUCUUCCAGCAUCAUGCAAUUCGAUCCUUUGAAAGGAGAGAGCGAUGCGCUUGAUGCUUCCAAUCCCAGUGUGGAUGUAGUGGCUUCGGCGGGCUGGGCCUCGGAAGAAAUGAUAUACCACGAAGUGGAGAUAUAA